UUUUUUGUCUUUUUUUUUUUUUUUCAAUUUUCACAACGGACACAAUUUAGCUGGCCGCACUGUAUAAGCCAUGUUUAAGUCAACAUGCCCUAAAUGCGAACAUGAAUCAGAACGAGCAACAAAAUCUGGUAUUGUAAUGUACGUUGCAAAAAUUGCUUUUCAAUUUAUAGCCCGUCUGCAUCAAGUGAAGAUUCAUCGACAACAAACGAAUUACCUUCAACAGCAACAAACGAAUUGCCCUCAACAGCAAUAAAAUCACCUCUCAUCUCAACAAAAGUAUCCUCAGUACCAUCAACACCAAAGAAAGCAUCUUCCAUAUCAGAGGAACCACUAUUGACGCCAAAAAAACACGAAUUCAUGUUGGGCUUAUCUGACGAUGACGAUAAAAGCGAAGCUCGAACAAAACCUUCUAGUUCACCCAAAAUAACUUCGUUCUUUAACAAACAGAGGUCUGCUCUCGUCCUAUCUGACUCAGAAGACGAAACACCCAGUACUUCAAGCAAUCAUAUAUCAACUAUCAAAAACAUCGAUUCCGAAGACAAAAAACGUUCAGAGGAAGUCGUACGUCCCAUUGGAAAGUUGUUUGGAUCGGAUUCAGAGGAAGAAACAACAUCAUUACCACUCUCCACAAAUGAAAAAAAAGCCAUAAACCCUCCUAGAAAAGCGAAAGAAAGAGUACUUGCAAAAAAAUCUGUACCUGAUAGCUUCAAUUGGUCUGAUUCAGAGGGUGAAGAUCAUUCUACUUCUCAAAAUAAGGAUGAGCCACUUACUAGUAGCAUAAAAAGGGAUUCUAAAAGAAAGUUGAAAGACAAUGAUGAUAGUGAUGAUGAUGCCUUUUCAGAUAAUUUAUUUGAUGACAGUGACAGUGACGAAUUUGUAGAACCUAUAACAACAGAGACGUUAUUAUCAGAUGCAGAUAUUACAGAUGAUGAGCUUCUUCCUCCUAAAAAGAAGAGAGCGGCCAAAAAGAGGCAGGCAGGCUUUUAUAAAUCAGGUCAAGCUGUCUCGGAUAAAAGAAAGAAAGAACAUGUACCAAGAGAUAUGCCAACAGGUAGUUUCAAUAAGAUGGAUUACGUUCCAAAACCUACCAAUCGUUACAAUCCCUAUAUCUUAUACAACCAACAACAUCGUGCCAGACUUAGAGAAUUAAAUCCCGAUAUUGACGGCAGACAAUUGAGCACACUUGUUAAAAAGGGUUAUGAUGAAAUGGAUCCAGAAACAAAAGCUGCGUUUAUCGAAAAUGCACGUAUGAAAGCAAAUUUAGUCAGAAAGGAGCCGACUAUACCCAAAAUACCAGCAAAUUCAUUUUUUCUUUUUAAGAACGCCCAUUUGGAAAAAUAUAAAGGCCAGCCACUAGUCGAAGUCACGAGAUUACUGGCCAAAGAAUGGAAGGAAUUACCAAAAGAGGAAAAAAAGAAAUAUCAGGAUGAACACAAAAGAUUGAAGGAGGAGUACAUUGAAAAAUAUCCCGAAGUGUACCACAAGAUAAUUAGAAAAAGAGCUUAUUUGAAUGCAGAAACAAAGCGAAUGACAGCAAAAUUAAAGAUGGAAGCUUAUUUAGCGGAAGAGGAGGAACGUAGAGGAUCGAAAAACCGCAAAGAUUAACUACAUGUUUUUUGUAAUUAUAUUAAGCAUCCGUUUGUUUCUUAUGACUUACCCAACUCUUUAGUGCUAAGGCACACCAUAUUCGAAAAAUAAAGUUGUUAUUGUUGAGUUAGCUGUUUACAAAAUAUG